AUGCGCCUGGCAGAGCUGUGGGACAUGAGACAGUAUACAGUUACGGGACCCGCGCGCACCGAGGACGCCGUGGAGCUGGACUUUUCCACGGAGCAGCCGGUGCACCAGGUGAGCCCCGCGUUCCUGUCCUUCACCAUCGACGCCAACCUGGCCACGGACCCGCGGUUCCUCACCUUCCUGGGUUCUCCAAAGCUUCGUACUUUGGCCAGAGGUUUGUCUCCUGCAUACCUGAGAUUUGGUGGCACCAAGACAGACUUUCUCGUUUUUGAUCCCAAGAAGGAGCCAAGCUUUGAAGAGAGAAGUUACUGGCAAUCUCAGUUAAACCACGAUAUUUGCAAGUCUGGAUUCAUCCCUUCUGACGUGGAGAAAAGGUUACAACUGGAAUGGCCAUCCCAGGAGCAGUUUCUACUCAGAGAACAGUAUUACAAAAGGUUCAAGAACACCACCUACUCAAGAAGCUCAGUGGAUAUACUGUAUACUUUUGCAAAUUGCUCAGGACUGGACUUGAUCUUUGGUCUAAAUGCCUUACUACGAACAGCAGACUUGCAGUGGAACAGUUCUAACGCUCAGCUGCUCUUGGACUACUGCUCUUCCAAGUGUUAUAACAUUUCUUGGGAACUAGGCAAUGAACCCAACAGUUUCCAGAAGAAGGCUGGUAUUUUCAUUGAUGGAUUGCAGUUAGGAGAAGAUUUUGUUAAGUUGCAUAAACUUCUAGGAACAUCUGCUUUCAAAAAUGCAAAACUCUAUGGUCCAGAUGUUGGUCAGCCUCGAGGAAAGACUGUUAAGAUGCUGAGCAAUUUCCUGGAAACUGGGGGAGAAGUGAUUGAUUCAGUUACGUGGCAUCACUACUACUUGAAUGGACGAACUGCUACCAAAGAAGAUUUCCUAAACCCUGAUGUAUUGGAUACUUUUAUUUUACCUGUGCAAAAAAUUUUUCAGGUUGUUGAGAUGACCAGACCCCACAAGAAGGUUUGGUUAGGAGAAACAAGCUCUGCGUAUGGGGGUGGAGCGCCCUUGCUGUCCGACACCUUUGCGGCUGGUUUCAUGUGGCUGGAUAAAUUGGGCCUAUCGGCCAGGAUGGGCAUAGAAGUGGUGAUGAGGCAAGUGUUUUUUGGAGCUGGAGACUACCACUUGGUGGAUGAAAACUUCGAACCUCUACCUGAUUAUUGGCUCUCUCUUCUAUUCAAGAAACUGGUGGGCACCAUUGUAUUAAAGGCAAGUGUGAAAGGUGAAGCCAGAAGCAAACUUCGAGUAUACCUUCAUUGCACAAACAUCAACCACCCAAGGUAUAAAGAAGGAGAUCUAACUCUGUAUGCCUUAAACCUAUAUAAUGUCACCAAGCACUUGCAGUUACCGCAUUACUUAUUUGACAAAGAAGUGGAUAGAUACCUUGUAAAACCUUCAGGACCUGAUGGAUUAUUUUCCCAAUCUGUCCAGCUCAAUGACAAAACUCUGAGGAUGGUGGAUGACCAAACCCUGCCAGCUUUGACAGAAAAGCCGCUCAGCCCAGGAAGUCCACUGAGCCUGCCAGCUUUCUCCUAUGGGUUUUUUGUGAUAAGGAAUGCCAGAGUUGCUGCUUGCCUCUGAAAAUGAAUGGCAUACACUAGCCUUGAGAUUGAAUUUUUCAAGUGUAUUGAGAAGAGGAAAGCAAAACUCAAGCUACAGGAAAUAAAUGCAAGCAGAUACAUUACAAAUCAACCAGUGGGAGCUGAGGGGCAGGGAUACUCUCUAGCACAGCAUUUUCUUCCCUUUAAGUAAACCACUGCUACCUUGUGCCAAACACUAUUCUUGUACUUUACGUGAAAUAUUUUUAUUUAAGGUUAUUACAAAUGUAUAUGAAUGUUUCUAAUACAGCCAGGAGGCAAGUAAGUGAAGGAUAUAUUAUUCGUUUUAAGAAAGUGCUUAGUUGUUUUUAUUUUCAAAAAUAGUUACUAGAAGAUUGUCAGAUUCUUUCCUGCAUGUGCUGUCUCCAUGGGCUCCCAUCAGAAAAAGUUUACUAUCAUAACCUCCAAAUUGUCUAUAAAAGAGUGACAAUCUCUUUGCACCUGGAUAGAGAGCUAGAAUCAGUCACCACUUCUCUUUGUUCUGUUUGUCUUUGUCAACAAUAUUAUGUGAGAAGACAGAUGGUGAAUGUGAUCAUAUUAAAAAAUUAUUAAUGACAAUCAUUUUGACAGAGGUAUUAUGUAAAAUUUAAAUGAAAUAAAAAAUAACUAUAAGGGAAAUUGAUUUUCCAAGAGGAGAAAAUUUAGUUGAAUACAUUAUCACCAUCCGUUCAUGUUUACUUCUGUUACACUUUUUUUCCGCCUUUAGUUCUUAUUUUAGUUGGGGAGGUUUUGGCUGCAAGUAACAGAAAACCCUGAUUCUAAUGGCUUAAACAAUAAGGACAUUUAAAAUCCCAAAUUACAAGAAGUAGAAACAUGGAGGGCUCCAUAGCUCAGUAAGGAACCAGGCUCUUUCCAUCUCUGCUCUGCUACCUUUAGUAUUGGCUUCAUUCUCAAGCUGGUGGCAUGAUGGCUGCAGCUGUUCCAUGGACCCACGGAGACCUGGCAGCAUCCAGGGAAAGAAGAUGAGCAAUUUUUCUGUGUCUCCUUCACAGACUUGAAGAACGCUUUCACAGAGGUUCUCCCGGCAAACCUCUCCUGUGUCUCCUCAUGUCUUAUUAUUGGUCAGGAAUGGACCACAUGGCCAUUCUCCCAGUCACUGCCAACAUCACUGAAAUUCCUAUAGUUGUCUGCUAGUAAUCUUUUGGAAUGGAGCGGGUGUUGGGAAGCCCAUGGCACUGACCACUACACUUCUGUACUUUUAUCCAUGACAGGAUGUAUUCCUUUCUCCUGUAUCUUAAAUUUUAGAAAUGUAAUCCUCUUCAUAUUUAUGCCAACUAUGAGUAAAUAUUGUGUCAAUUAAAUUUAAUCACAUUUAUGAGGAGCUAAAGCUGGAUGCUUAAAUACCCUUACAUUUUAUAGGUAUGUGGUUUUUGUAUUUUCACAGUUGAAAUAAAGCAAUUUUUAUAAUCUCA